AUGAACUUGAAUGCACGUCUCCCAUCAGCUCCUGCUCCCGGCCAUCAGAAGAUAGAGGUCACUCCAGCUGUUGCCGUGGGAGACCCAGGUAAAGGAGGAAGGGCCAGUGAGACGGUCACGCCCACCCUGACCGCACAAGUGGGCGGGGCUUGUAGCAUAGUCCACGUCCUAGAGUGGAAGGAGGGGAUGGCCAUCCUGCCGAGCAGCAACCUCAAGUUCUGUGUGAGUGACGUAGGAACGCUGAGCACACUGAUCACCCCAGGGACCACCAGCAGCACCACUGAACCAACAGCCGGGACUUCUGGGAGAUCCGCUGACGCGGAAAGUGCUCCGGCAGACAAGCCAGAUGUGUUGACUCCUGUCGUCUCCGUGAGAGGUGCAGCCGUGGAGCCAGAGAGGUUUGUGCCGGUCAAACCUGAAGCCCAGGUUGGACCGGGACAACAGAACCACGACCCCAGAGCUCAGAGGACCUACACAGAGGCGCUACGCAGAGAGCCCAUCACUGACAAGAGGAGUGUCGGGGUAGAGAAGGUGCCAGCAGGUGGGAGGGUCUCCUCCCUUAACCCCGAUCACCUGAAACCCAUGAGGAAGAGGAAGAGGAAGGAAUACCUGAGUCCCUCUGAGGAAGACUCUGACAUCGAAGGCACGGAUGAGAAAAUGGAUGAUUCUAAAACCGACAUCAGACACAUCAGAGGAGCUGGCGACAGUAAGACAGAGCAGUGGACGUGGGCUCAGUAUCUGGAGGAGAGCAAAGCUGUUGCUGCACCCAACAAGCUUUUCCAAGAGUCCCAGAGAGUGCCUACAGUGAAGAACGGCUUUAAGCAGGGGAUGAAGCUGGAAGGCAUCGAUCCACAGCAUCCGUCCAUGUACUUCGUCCUCACUGUGGCCGAGGUCUGUGGUUACCGGCUUCGGCUCCAUUUCGACGGCUACUCUGACUGCCACGACUUCUGGGUGAAUGCCAACUCACCUGACAUCCACCCCGCAGGCUGGUGUGAGAGCACAGGACACAAACUGCACACUCCCAAAGGCUGUAAAGAGGAGGAGUUUACCUGGACCAACUACCUGAAAAUGACUAAAGCACAAGUGGCUUCCAAAGAACUGUUUGCCAGUCCUGGGAGGAUCGAUGUGAAGUGUGGUUUUGAGAUAGGAAUGAAGCUGGAGGCCGUCGACCGUAUGAACCCCUCCCUCAUCUGUGUAGCAACCGUCACUGAUGUGGUGGACGACCGCUUCCUGGUUCAUUUUGAUAACUGGGAUGACACAUACGACUACUGGUGUGAUUCCAGCAGUCCGUACAUUCACCCUAUUGGUUGGUGCCAGGAGAGGAACCUUCCUCUAACGCCACCCCAAGAUUACCCAGACCAGGGCCGGUUCUCCUGGUCUCUCUACCUGGAGGAGACCGGUGCCAAGGCGGUGGCCGCUGACGCCUUUAAAGUGCGUGCGGCCCACAGCUUCCAGCCUCAGAUGAAACUGGAGGCCGUGGACAAGAGAAGUCCUGGUCUGAUCAGAGUGGCUACAGUGGAGGAGGUCGACACUCAUCGCAUUAAGGUCCAUUAUGACGGCUGGAGUCAUGUCUAUGAUGAGUGGAUGGACUCAGAUCACCCUGACAUCCACCCAGCAGGCUGGUGUGAGGCGACCGGUCACCCACUCAAAGUUCCCCCACGGGACACCAAAACACAGCAGCCACACGGUGUGAGGGAACCUCCUGCUACAGGCCAGUCCACCUACCCCUCCUCUGUUCCAUGUAAACCCAUCAGCCACCCCAGAGCCAACAAGUACAGCUUCCACAACAGGAAGUGUCCGACUCCUGGUUGUGAUGGUUCAGGCCACGUGACGGGUCGUUUCACUGCACAUCACUGCAUAUCUGGCUGCCCAUUGGCUGAGCGUAACCAGGGCAGGCUGAAGGCCGAACUGUCAGAUUCAGAGUGCAAGAGGAACAUCUUCUUUGGCCAGAGGACCAAAAAGACCCAUUACCGCGGGAGGAUUGGCCGUCCUCCCAAAUACAGGAAGAACCAACAGAGAGACUACCAGAACAUGUCCUCAGAGGGAGUGUAUCCGUCACUGUUCAUGUCAGCACUGAGCAGUCAGUCAGACAGGACUCUGUCUCUGUGCUGGGAGCAGCACUGUAAGCUGCUGCCCGGGGUUCAAGGCAUUCACGCCAGCCAGGUGGCAGCAUGGAGCGUCGAAGAGGUCUUCAGGUUUGUCCAGAAUCUAAUCGGCUGCGAAGAACAAGCUCGUGUCUUCAAAGACGAGAUGAUUGACGGGGAGGCCUUCCUGCUGCUGACUCAGACCGACAUUGUGAAGAUCAUGAGCAUCAAGCUAGGCCCCGCCCUCAAGAUUUCCAACGCCAUUCUCAUGUUCAAGAGCACAGACGAGGGACUCAAGUGAUCCCGCCGUCACUCACUGGAGGGCCGGGGGACUGGUCCACCGAUCAUCAUGUGCCAAAUUCAUUUUGUUGCAGGGA